AUGGCUGGGCGGGCGUGUGAUCUGGCAAAUGCGGAAAUUACGAUCGGACAUGCUCAGGGGUGCACAGCUUGGACACGCAUGAGUGAGAACUCCCCUUCAAGGGACCUCAUAUGGGGUCCAGUCUUGAUGCAGGGGCUGACGCAGUAUUUGUUCCAAGGCCAGUUUCCGCCCACUUCCCGGUGUCAUAUUUACACAGGUAAUACGCCAUCGACAAGGCUGUUUCUUUCUGUGUAUAUUGAGAUGCUCAAGAAUGCUCUUACAACCUUCAGGCUCUCAAGUUUCACGAGCGUUCCACUCACGAUCCCCAAUUGCUUAAGCUUUAUGUCGCUGACUGCAAUUGAAAGUUACAAAGUAUGGCUCAACUUUGUUGAUCAGAUUGUCUUUUGGAGAAGCCCUCUUCAUUCUGCUGAGUUCUUCAUCAACGGAUUCAUUUGCACGCUUUGCGAGGCUUUUCUCCUCAUGCAAUGCUGGAAGUUAACUAGACGAAAUUGGUGGGUGCUUAGCUUCUUGACGGUUUUAACUACGGUGACGUUCUUCGCGAACAUUGCUAUGACUGUCAAAAUUGCCCAGGUUUCUGGGGAUGUAUUUGCGCGAAACCCUUUGAAAGUCAGCCGAUGGGCAUUUCCAAUAUGGGUUUAUGGCUCUCUCGCUCUCUCGCUCUCUCUGACAAUAAUACUGUCUUUUUGCCUGUGGAGACAAAGAACCGGCGUGGAGUACCUUGACAAAACAAUCACAUACGUUAUCACCAUCACUUGGCAGUCUGCUGCCUUACCCUGCGUGUGCAUGCUCGUUGGAGCAGUUCUUGUCGCUACUGAACCGCGUGGUGCAGCAAACUUGAGCAUUCUCUUCCUGGUUAGCACCGGGAAGCUCUUUACCAUGGGAAUUUUGUCUACGCUCAAUUCCCGUGUUGCCGUUCGCAAGCGGAUCUCCAUUCAGCUAGGACAUCCCUCAUGGAGUGACGGGCCACAAUUUGCGACUGGGCAGUCACAGACAGGAGAGGGAACGGCGUUCACAACUGAGGUGGGGCAGAGAAGCCUUAACUCCCGAUUCCGCUUCCACAGAUGGAACAGGACUAUUGAUCCAGAGGCAGCUGCGAACCAAGGCUCACAAAUUUCACGGACUUCCAGUGGCUUGACAAUAGCCCCGCCCACGCGGCCACCAGAAGCACUGAUCACAUAG